GCUGCGGGCGUUCAGCUUGGCAAUAUGGCGUCGGCCGGGCGGCGAAUGCUCCCGCUUUUUCUCCUCGGGACUAUUGCGGGCUUGUGAGGCUGACCCAGCCCCAGGAUGGGAACUCUGUCUCCGCUCGGCCUUCUGUGGGGGCUCCUCCUGCUGCAGGACGUCCUGAGGCCGCUGCGUGGGGACCCGGUUUUCAUUCCACCUUUCAUCCGAAUGUCCAGCCCUGAGGUCAGCGCGUCCCUGGUCGGAGUCAGUGAGGAUGUCACCUUGUCUCUGACUCCGCUGCAGGUCGAGAAAGGAGUGCUGCCAGUUCCUACCUGUGGUGGUCUCAGCAAUGAGACAGGAGAUUGGAAUGUGACUGUGAGCCCCGGUGUGAACGUGCUGGAAGUGACAGUGCGGUGGAAGAGGGGUCUGGACCUGUGCUCCUCGAAGGGGACUGCCUCCUCCUCAGAGCCCCCGUGCAUCGUCCAAACUCUGCUGGUUUCUGCAUCCCACAAUGCAUCCUGCUCAGCACAUCUGCUCAUUCAGGUGGAGAUUUAUCCCAACACGACUGUGACCCACAAUGCAUCAGAUAACGUGACGGUCAGUCCUAACCAAGCCUAUCAGCCUCUGGGCCCCUGCCCUUGCGACUUGACAGCCAAGGCCUGUGACAUUCGCUGCUGCUGUGACCAAGACUGCCUGCCCGAAGUCAGAGAGCUGUUCCAGCAGUCCUGCUUCCCCAGCGUGUUCGGAGGGGACGUCAACCCCCCCUUCCACCAGCGCUGUGCAGUUGGCACCACUCGUGAGACCCCGGACUGGUUUCCCUUCCUGUGUGUGCAGUCACCCCCCUCCAACUCACCCUUCCUCGGUCAUUUCUAUCAUGGUGCCGUUUCCCCCAGACAUGACCCUGCCUUCGAAGCCCAUCUACACCUCGAUCUAAGAGACUUCACUGAUGCCGCUUACAAACAAGGCGAUCCCAUCAUGACCACACAGGGGUAUUUUACUGUCCCUCAGGUCUCCCUAGCUGGACAAUGUCUGCACGGUGCUCCAGUGGCUUUCCUGAGGAACUUUGAUGUUAAAUGUACCAUCAAUCUGGAAGUGUACCAAGAACAAGAUGGCGUUGUCCCUGAGCGUGUGAAGAUCCACACAGCGGGAGGUCUGGUCACACCAACAGUAACCUAUGAGGAAGCUGCUGACCUGGACAAGCUCAUCUCCAGUCCAGGCACACUUUUAAACAGUGGAUCUGCCCCCAAAAAUGUGACUGUGGAAGGGCAUUAUGUUUUCAGAUGGCAAAAUAAUUCUAUCAGUGGACUAGAUAUCACAAUCAUCCGGGGAGAAAUCAGUGCCCACCAGAAAGGAACAAUGGCCCAGAGGUUUACAGUGAAGUUUUUAAGCUAUAACAGUGGUGAUGAGAAGGAAUCUUCUGGAAAUCCAGGUUACCAGCUUGGCAAGCCGGUCCGAGCCCUAGAUGCCAACGGGAUGAAUGUCACUGCAUUACACCUCUGGCAGCCAGCUGGAAGGGGCUUGUGCGAUUCAGCUGCUCUCAGACCCAUUUUAUUUGGAGAGGAUGUACUCGCUGGCUGCCUGCUGGAGGUUGGGAUUAAUGAGAACUGUACGAAGCUCAGGGAGAAUGUCCUCCAGAGGCUGGAUUUCUUGGUACAAGCAACGCAUGUCGCGAGGAGAGGCAACUCGGACUACAGUGAUCUGAGUGACGGCUGGCUGGAGGUCAUACGUGUUGCCGCCCCUGAUGCGGGUGCCGACCUGCCCCUGAGCAGUGCAAAUGGCAUCUGCCUGGAGGUUCCUGCCCAGCUCACCAUCCGAAUCCUCAUUGCCGAAGCUGGCUCUGUGGAAGGGGUGGCUCAGCAAGAGAUUCUUGCCGUGGAGACAAGGUUCUCCACCGUGACCUGGCGGUACCAGUGUGGGCUCGCCUGUGAGGACAAGGCCGAUCUUCUCCCUCUCAGUGCCUCGGUUCAGUUCAUUAAAAUCCCUGCGCAGAUGCCCCCGCCCCCAACGAGAUUCCAGAUCAACUUCACGGAGUAUGACUGUACCCGGAAUGAGCUAUGCUGGCCCCAACUUCUGUACCCUCUGACCCAGUACUACCAAGGGGAGCCCCGUUCCCAGUGUGUCGCCAAAGGCCUGAUGCUGCUGUGUCUCCUCAUGUUGGCCACACUCCUCAGUCAUCCUUGGAUUAGAGUGUGCAAAGGCUCAACUCCCAUCCACCGUUAAGCUUUCUCAAAGACUCGGGGCAUCCGCUCAGUGGCUCCCCCUGUAGGCCUGUGUGUCUCCCUGAAACCCUUUUGUUUGAGACAGGGUAUCACUAUGUAGCCCUGGCUUGCCUCUAAAUGCACAGGGAUUUUCCUGCCUCUGCCUCCAGAGUGCUGGGAUUAAAGGCGUGUGCCACCAUCCCUGGCUCCUCUGAAAAUUUUAAUAAACAAAAUGUCUAUUUUUGUAGAAAUUCUUAGUGUUAAAUAAAUUUAAAUUAAUUAUCCAAAUGCUCAAAGUGGCCCAGAAUGAUCUUUCUAGCUGCCAACUGGUUGCAGGGGAGUUGAUGGUGUCCUUGAAUAUCAGAGACUUAAUUAAGCCCAGCACGCAUUCCUGCUCAUAGGGGUUUUAUUUUGACCAGACUUAAUGCAAGCAUGUAAGAAUAAAGUGAAAGAGGUAAACUAAACUCAAAGGCUUCACUUCUAAUACAUCACACUGGGGAGAAACUAUAAAUGUGGAAAGUCUUAAGUUCCCGUUGGACUCUUAUUGUUCCUACUAGAGAGAAGCCAUAUAAAUGUAAAGGUUAGCCGGGUGGUGGUGGCACACGCCUUUAAUCCCAGCACUCGGGAGGCAGAGGCAGGUGGAUCUCUGUGAGUUCGAGGCUGGGCUGGACCGAUAGCCUCCAAAACAAUACAGAGAAACCCUGUCUCGAAAAACCAAAAUAAAUAAAUAAAUAAAUAAAUGUAAAGGUUGUGGAAAAGCCUUCAAAACAAAUCCAGCCCCCUAGCCUCUAGUUCUUGGGUUGUCAAUAAAACUCCAAGACAACAUUCCUCUUAGUACCUGGAUAUUGUGUUUAGCAACAAGCCACCUCCAAGAGACAGACAAAGUCAUAGAAACCACAGAAUGCUCCCUCCCAGCAACAACCAAUGAGAACAGGCUACCUGCAAGUAACAGACAAAGCCAUUGAAACCACCAAAUGUUCCCAUCUGCAGCCAACCAAUCAAAAAUACUAACAAACCAGUUGUCCUGACUCUGGGAAAUUCCCAUAAUUGUUCCCUGAAUGUCAACCAAUCAGGAUCUGACCCAUACCUACUGAUGUAAUUCUGUGUUUUUUGUUUUUCCCUUUAAUUCUGGCUAUAGAAAAGGGAGGCUGCUGUGUCAACCUGCUAGACAGAGUGGAGUCUAUGGUAGGAGUAAACAAUAAAGCCUUGCGUUUUCAGUUUGGUGAA